GCAGUCACCGUUGGCAUCGCAGUCGCAGUUGGGGCGUCGAGCAAAUUGCCAAUUUAAAUUGGCCGCGUUAAAUUAGUCGAGUUAUCAGCCUCCACGGCGGCAGGUGUACGGAAGGUUUACGAAUCGCGGGCGGCAAUAUUCACAAUAUCGCGUAUACGCCCUGCACUCCGCGUCUCCGCGCCAAGUGAUUCAGCCCUCGUGGAGCGGAAAUUGUUACGUGCGAAUUGUGUAAAAUGAGCUGACCCCAUCGGAAAUGGAGUUUUUUUGGGAAGUGAAUAGCCACGAUUGGUUUUAAGAAAAACACCUCCCCGCCGAAUUUGUAUUACUGCGGUCAUUUGACAUGCCCGUUUUGCGUGCUCAACUCAAGUGGUUGAUUUGAAAAGUGAAAAGAUGAAGAAUUUGUUGAGUUCUAAAGCUGAAAAAAAAAAUAAGUGAAUGCGCAAGUUUGUGAAUUUCAUUUCCAUGCUAUUUGACAAAUUGACAGUCAACAAAUUUAUCAAUCAUCUUGAAGUUCUUGAUAUUGAUAUCUAAUCAAAAGAUAUGGCUGACAACUUCGUGGAAACAUUUGAGUGUUUUUGUUUUUAUUCGCGAAAAAGUGUCUCAAGCGUCAGUCCGCUAAAAAAAAGUAGUUAAAAAAUUUUAAGAAAAUUACGGUGUUGGUCAGUUUUUGUUUUUUUUUUUUUUUUUCUUCAAGUGACACACUUUUCGAAAUGUCGUGUAAAAUUGACCAAUUAUGUGAACUUUACUCUGGCCAUUAAAUCUUAUCGCAACACCGAAAAUUCGUGGCUAACGCGGUCGAGUUAUAAACCAAAUCAAAACUGAAAAAUAACAGAAUCAGGCAAUAGCUUAAUUAUAAAAUGCAAUGAAAUGGCAACAUUUAAGAACAGCAAAGAACAACAAAUAAAGAAGCAGAGAAGUGUGCUGAUAACUGCAAACGAAAUGUCAAUAAAUUAAUAUAAAUGAGUGACUCGUGACUGGCGGCUCCAACGAUUCAUUCCGGCCUUUCUCUUGUCGUUAUUGUUGAUAUAGCUGUUGCCAUUACUUUGGCCAAUGUUUCAGCUUGUUCUAUGCACCAUUUUGUACCAUUUUGUACAAUUUUUAUUUGUAUUUCCCAAGCAAAUCAUGUGGAAACGAGCAAACAACGGGCAGUUCUUUAUUUUCCAAUAUUGUUCGGUGUUAUCGACAAAUCGUAUAAGGAAAUAUAGCACAAUUAUUGGUUGAUAAAACGCAGCUAGCUAUAUGAUUCUUAAGGCACUGGCCUGAACUUUGUUAGUACUCGAAAAGUUGGGGCUAUGAUAAUGGCAAAGCCCCCAAGCCAAGUAUCGUUGGCAUUCUUUGGGGCAUUUGCCUUAGAUCUCUUGGCCAAACAAUAAAAUCCCCCUGCUCAUAAAUAGAAAACAAUUAGGCAUUUGGAGACGAUAAGGCCAAAAAACGAUAAAAAGCCAGCAAGCAUACUGUGACUCACAGCGUUUUCUUGGCCGUGAAACAAAAACCAAGAAAUUGGUAGCAAUUCGCUGUGAGCGGUAAUUAAAGCAGCCAGUUGACGAUGCGCAUAAUUUUUGAACUUUGAAACUUUUGUUCCACAAACAAAUUUAUCAGAUGCAAAGCAAAUGCUUCUCAACCAGUUUUCUGGGACAGUUGAUAAACCCGAUGUGGUCAACUGGCAUUCUGCGAUGUCCUUUGUUUAUGAUGGCAAGCUGAAAGCUGCUGAUGGCUAACACAGUAUCUGGCUCGUUGUCUUUUCACUGCGUACUUCUAGUUUUUGGCAAUAGCAUCCUAGAUACAUACUACUGGCUUAAGUGCACUGCAAAUAAAAUCGAGUUUUAAUGAGCUAACUUGUUAAAUCAGUAUUAGAGUCUUAGCCAAGAAUAAAAUGCAAUAUUGCCUAAUACAUGUAUUUAAUCAAAUGUAAAAUCAAAUUAAGUUUGCCAACAUAUCAGCGCACUUUUUUUUAAGUUUCCUUAACCAUUCGAAAUGCGAUAAGAUAAUUUGUGGGUUAAAAACGAUAUCGAACAUUUCGAGCUUAUCAAUUUAAAGCCAAUAAGUGUUAUACUGACGAAGUAAAUCGAUUCGUAGACCAAUCACAAUCGAAGCAUACAUAAUCCGCCACAAUUGCAACCGAACACAACAAAUUUAUAGCCGCAAUUAAAUCCUUGGCCAUAAAUCAGGGAAUAUGGCCGGGGUAAUCAAAAUGUGUUUAACCCACACGCAGCGAACGAAUUGAGAUAAAAACCAAGUUGACAACGAAAUUGGCGCAAAUCAAAGAUAUUAUUUAAACGGAUACGGAUACCUUGGUGAUCCAGUGCAAUAUGGCCUGCUUUCCACGACUUUUCCACAAUCGCAGCAAAAACAAAUUCACGCCCGCCGAAGAUGAGAACACCGAUACGAUACUCAACACACAAGAUAGUAACGUGCAAAUUGGCAAGUACAUCCGUCGCGAGGAGAAGCCACUGUACUCGCCCAUCGUCACUCCGAGUGCCAGUGAGGCCAAACUUCAGCGCCUCAGACAGCAACAGCAGCCGCCCGGCUCACCGCCCGCACCCGCCAGGUGGACCCUGCACUCGGUUGCCGAAAAUGGCAGCGCAAACAAUGGCGUCCAGGAGCGGAAGUUCCGCACCAACAAGGACAAACUGCAGGCGCAGGAUGCAUGCCCAUCCGGCGGCAGUGCAAUUAAUGUCAUACGCUCAAGUUCGAAAUUAAAACCAGUCAAAGAGCGACGGCCCACCGCCUUGCCCACCGAAGUGCCCAGCAUCGAGAUCGAGGAUGUUCGGGAUGCAAAGGACACUGGAGAUGGCAUGGAUUCACUGGGGGAGCGGGUGCAGCCGGGUGCUAAUGCACAUGUCGAUGUCGUCGAUGGCGGCGGCAAGUCAAAACUCAAAGUGAAUGUGAAUGGCAUAAUUGAUGAGAGCGUCGCCCACGACGAUGACUAUGACACACCCUCGAGCAACUCCAUAGCCACAACACCUGUGACCGAGGGUCCUGUAAAGUUUUUCAUUGGUCACACGCAGGAACUAAGCGCCCAGCAAACGGAUGACACCUUGUCCUGCCAGAGUAGCGAUGCCAACAACAACAGUGCCGCCAAACUGACAAAUGGCGUCGUGCCACAGGAGCAACCGGAACGGGAAAUGGGCAAGCAGCAAGCACUCCAGGCUCCGCCCCGCGCCAAGAGCUCCAGCAAUGUGUCACUCAAUUAUCUGGCCAAGAGCCAGACGGACAGCCAGCGUCGCCGACGUGUGUCCACGAUGCCCGAUAUUAACAUACCGCCAGCACCGCCGUUGCCGCCGGAACUCCUCGUCCCCGGAACGCCGCUCCAUCUGCGCAAGAAACGGAGCAUGGAGCGACAGCAGCAGCAGAAGCAACAGGAGCAGCAGCAGCAGCAGGAGAUCCAGCAGGAUGCUACGAAUAGUCAAGAUCAAAUGGCAGGAGCUGAGGAGAGUCACAAGUCCAGCGAUUCCUCGACACCGAAAACCCAUCGCGUUGAAGGUGGCCUCAUCUAUGUCCGUCCCAAUUUUCCCAUUCAGAGCGACAUUGAAAUCGAAUCUAUUGCAAAGGACGAAGGCACACGCAAUCUCAUACGAACGGCCAUUGAGCGCAAUGAUUUCCUCAAUAAUCUAAUGGACAAGGAGCGCAAGGAGAUGGUUAUCAAUGCAAUGGCACCGGCCAGCUACAGGAAGCACAGCCUCAUCAUUCGUGAGCACGAGGAGGGUUCCGAGAUAUAUGUCUCCGCCGAGGGACAGUACGAUGUCAUCCGUGGUGGCCAACUGGUGGCCAGCUUUGGACCGGCCACUGUGUUCGGCGAGCUGGCCAUUCUCUACAAUGCUCCACGCCAGGCGUCCAUAGAGGCUGCCACCGAUGCACGCGUUUGGAAAAUCGCACGCGAAACCUUCCGGGCCAUCAUGCAAAUCUCGGGGUCCAGGGAGCGCGAGGAGAACCUUCAGUUCCUGCGCUCCGCUCCAUUCCUGCAGGAGUUCGACCAAAGUUUGUUGCUCAAAGUCGUUGAUCUUUUGCAGCGGAAAUUCUACGAAACCGACAGCUGUAUCGUUCGCGAAGGUGAGCUGGGCAACGAGUUCUACAUCAUCCGGUGCGGAACUGUGACCAUAAAGAAGCUGGACGAACAGCAGCAGGAGCAGAUUGUGGCGAAUCGAAAGCGAGGUGACUACUUCGGGGAGCAGGCACUGCUCAAUGCGGAUGUGCGACAGGCCAGUGUCUAUGCGGAUGCACCGGGCACAGAGGUCCUAAUGCUGGACAGAGAAGCCUUCAUUAGCUAUUUGGGAACCAUAAAGCAGCUGCGCGAGAAGCCCAGUAGUCAGCGCAACGAUACGAGUGGUCGUUCCAGCACCAAGUCUCUGGAGUUCGACAACGAGUACUCCCAGGUGGCCAUCUCGGAGCUAAAGAAGAUAGCCACGCUGGGCUGCGGCGCCUUUGGACGUGUGGAUCUGGUGGCCUACAACCAGCAGGCGUUGGCUUUGAAGAUUAUCAAGAAAAUCGAGGUGGUCAAGCAAGAUCAAAUAGAGCACGUUUACAACGAGAAGAACGUUAUGAUCAAGUGCCGCCAAUCGCCAUUUAUAGUACAACUAUAUCGCACGUACCGCAAUGACAAAUACGUUUACUUCCUAAUGGAGGCCUGCAUGGGCGGUGAUGUAUGGACGGUGAUGUCAAAGCGGCAGUACUUCGAUGAGAAGACCGCCAAAUUUAUAGCGGGCUGUGUCGUCGAGGCAUUCGAUUACUUGCACUCCCAUCACUUCAUCUACAGGGACUUGAAGCCAGAGAAUCUGAUGCUGGGCACCGAUGGCUAUUGCAAACUGGUUGAUUUUGGAUUUGCCAAAUUUGUGCGGCAGAAUGAGAAGACCAACACAUUUGCUGGCACACCGGAGUACGUGGCACCCGAGAUAAUCUUGGAUCGCGGACACGAUCGUGCCGUCGACUAUUGGGCACUGGGAAUACUGGUAUAUGAACUUCUGGUUGGCAAAACACCCUUCAGGGGCGUUAACCAGAUCAAGAUCUAUCAGCAAAUCCUUAGCGGCAUCGAUGUCAUCCACAUGCCAUCGCGCAUUCCCAAAUCCGCACAGCACCUGGUGCGGCAUCUUUGCAAGCAACUGCCGGCGGAAAGACUGGGAUAUCAGCGCAAGGGAAUUGCGGAUAUUAAGCGGCAUAGUUGGUUCGAAAGUCUCGACUGGCAGAGACUGAAACUGAAGCAAUUGCCAUCGCCCAUCAAAAGACCAUUGAAGAGUUGGACCGACUUGCAAUAUUUUGGUCCUUCGGGUGUUGAGAACGACUAUGAGCCACCGGAGGAACUGAGCGGAUGGGAUAAAGACUUUUAAAGGCUUCAAGAGAAGUGCAUUUUCUAAAGUUUCGGAUAUUAGUUAGUAGGAUAAGAGAUAUUGUUCCUAAAAAUUGGAACACGUACCACACAGCAGCCAUUACAACCUCGUUUUAAUUACUAGCUUCGAAAAUACUUAAGUCUGUACGCCAAAUUGUUACUUAUUCUUUACUAGAGUUGUGUUGUAAGUUUGUUAGAUAAACUAUGAUAUAAGUAGAUAGUAAACAUGAACAAUUAUAUCAAACAUUUAUAUGUAUAAGGACCCUAAACAGAAUCCUUUGACGAAUUCAAGAGUAUAUCUUCGUUUCAGUAUUUCUUUUUAUGCAUUUGACAACAUGUUUGCCUUGAAUGUCAAAAUUGAAUGCUCGGUUAGCUGCGCAAAGAGGUUUAUUUGUAUUCGUAGUAUCAAUUAGAACCACAACAUAGUUUUCUUUUCCUUCAGCCAAAGCAAACAUAUUCAAUUUAACUGCUUCACGACUCGACUCUUUGCUUGCCAAAUGAAAUUCCCAGAAAGUUAGGAUAUAUAAGGCCACUUUGUCUUUAACAGGUGAAAACUGGAGGACAAACUGUGGGCCCCUCAGUUGGCCAACAUAACUUAUUACGACAUCCCUGUCUUGUUUUGUAACAUAAUACUCGUUAUCAUCGCCAUCAAUAUCAAUGUGGCUCCUUUUCGUUGUCCUGGAUACAUCAACAGUUGUGUGUGGUUUCCAUCACGAAAAAUGCGCUUAUUGUUUUCCUUGUGACCUAUUAGAGUCUUUAGUUCUAUUUAAGGACCUUUUACAAGGAUUGCUUAUGAAACUAACUACAGUGCUAUAUGGAUCGAAUUCAAAUACAUUUGUGUUCGAAAGCCAUGUAAAUACAAUUACUUUCGGACACAUAAUGCAUAGCUUUCUGUACGACUAAUAACCUAAUAGGAAAACACUUCCUUUAAUCUUAAUAGAUCAUGUUUAAUCAAUGGUUACCCAGAAACUUCUUUUAACAAAAUCGAUUGAAAUCCGGACGAGUUCAUGGCGAGCAAUUCAAUUUGAGCUACGAGUAUGGAAAGUUGAAAUAAGCUAAGAAGCAAUCGUGCAUGGCGACCAACAUGGUUAAUCAAUAAUUUAGUAUGCUGCGAAAUGGUCAAAGGACGAAAACUUGGGAUCCUUGGAGCGCAGGCUCCUUUGUAAUAAACCAAUAUAUGCCACCAAUUGAG